CACAACUCCAGGUCCCAAAGUGGCCACAUAGACUCUGAAACUCGGACUAAAGUGGCAAGAUGAGAGGCGUGUGCCCGCUCCUGUCUGUCCUGUUGCCUGUGCUGUCACUGCUGUACCUGCUCCAGAAUGCCCAUGGAGCUUCCUAUUUUGGGGACAGUCACUGUCGGAUAGAUGCCGUUCAAGACCUCUCGAGUUUUCAAGUGUCGCUCCAGUUUAAGACAAGCAGACGAAGCGGUUUGCUCCUGCUGGCUGCGGGACACACGGAAUACCUCUCACUGGAGCUUUACAAUGGGAGACUACAGGCGAGGAUAAACAUGGGAUCUGGAGAGAAGGUUCUGACCUCUACAAUGGGUCUGACCCUCAGUAAUGUACUGGAUCAUCACGUAACUCUCGCUCUGAGAGACUCCAAACUCACCAUGGCAGUGGACAGCCUAUACACAAACUUUAUUCCAAUGGACGAUGCAGAUGAGGACCUGAACAUCGACCAGGGUGUGUUCCUUGGAGGCGUGAAAGACUUGGAUGUGGAGUACCUGAGCACAGCUGUCCCUUCUUUCCGGGGCUGCAUGAGCAAUGUUAUGUUUGAGUCUCACGACUUUGAUAUUCUGGAAUUAGCAGCCACAGUCUGCUAUGACACCAAGGAGACCUGUAGUGGUGAGUUUGAGGCAGGAGAUGGAGAAACCACCAGCUUCAUCAGCCCUGAAUCAUUUAUUUCUUUCCCUACAUGGACCAGAACCAGCGCUGACUCCCGCAUUCUGGAGAUGCUCAUGAAGACGACCAUUGAGGAUGCCCUGUUGGUCUUUCACCCGGGACACCAAGCAGAUUUCAUUGCAGUAGGAAUGAUGGGAGGGUUAUUGAAAGGUGUGAUCGAUUUGGGGAGUGGAAUACAUGUGCUGGAGAACGUGGAAGUCAAAGUAGAUGACGACCAGUGGCACAGAGUCCAAAUUCAGGUGAAUCGCAAUGAGUUCCAAAUAAAUGUAGACAGUCAACUUGUUUCGCUCCCUCUAAAUGCGUCGGAAAAGCUGGAUCUGGUGGGAAACCUGUACUUGGGAGGCAUUCAAAAGAAGAUGAAGGAUGUGUUUCAGGAUGAUUACUUGUUUCGUAUGGAAGAGGAGAUCACAACCGAAUCUUUUAUUGGGUGUUUAGGAGAAAUCAAGGUGAAUGAGAAAGAUAGAACCCUGCAGGAUGCUCUGAUAACUAAAGAUAUUCACGUGAAAUGUGAAGGGGACGAUUACUACUCCGCUUAUGAUUAUAUGGAGACGACGACUACCCCUCCAGUAAGAAUCACAUAUGUUGACAUUAAUCUUGACGAAAGGCAUUGUUUACCUACAAAUGACUUGCCAAAGAUCUUUCACAAUGUUUCCAAGCUCUUGGAAAUCACUCCGCUGCUGGUUCCCGAGGGAGGAGAGGCCCUUGUUGACAUUGUAAACCUAAAUCCAACAUUCAAUCUAAACAAUGAAGGUGUUCGUCAGUCUCAGAUAAUCUUUACUCUGGUAAGCAAUCCCUGGUAUGGGGAGGUUGAAAUGGACAUUAACACAAGACGCACAAAGAAGUUUACACUUCUUGAUGUGCUUAACAAGAAAAUUAAAUAUCUUCAUGAUGGAAAUGAAAAGUAUAAUGAUCAAAUCGAGCUGGAAGUGAUCGUACAUGGCACUAAUCUCCCAGAGUGCCUGAGUGCUGCACACAAAUAUGUACUACCAGUGGAGAUCAUCCCCGUGAAUGACAUUCCUCAGCUCAGUGUGGGGGACAUCUCAGUCACGGCUAAUGGACGCACACGCCUGAGCCCAAACCUUAUCCGAAUCUCAGACUCAGAUAAUCGGUGCGAUGACCUCAAAGUCACGGUCACAUCAGAACCGAAUCCUGCUGCAUAUCUGGAAAAUGCUAAUCAUCCAGGAACCAGUCUAAGAGAGUUCACCUGUCGACAACUAAAAGAGGGAAACAUCUACUACAUCCACAGAGGUGGGACAGUGACAGAAUUUACCCUCCAGGUCUCGGAUGGAGAUUUGAUUACCCACUCAUCCACAAUUAAGUUAGUGCUUACCCAGCCAAAGAUGAAUCUUGUUACCAAUACUGGACUUCUGCUUACUCAAGAUAGAACUUCUUCUAUAGGAAUACAGCAUUUGGCCAUUUCUGCAACUCCAAAAACCGGCGAUGUUACAUAUUAUGUCACUCAGCCACUUAAAUAUGGGCAACUGCAGUUGAUUUCAAACAAUGAGGUACCAGAGACAGUAACAUUUUUUCAUCAGUCUGAUCUGGAGCAAAACAGACUGAGAUACAUUCCCAACACCACAGUCGACCUUGAGAACACAGAAACAGAGUUUAUUCAUUUCAAUGCACAGCUCGGGCAGGUCAUCCUUCAAAACAACACGUUUAUCAUUAAGAUCAUGCCUACGCUUGUAAGAAUGGUUAAAAUGGGUCCUCUCCACGUUGAAGGUGGAAAGCAAAAUGUAAUUGGGCCAAAUGAAUUAGAAGCUGCUGUAAGGGAAGCUAACAGGAUUGAUCCAGGAUCAAUAAGGUACAUGAUUAAGAAGCGCCCAACCCAGGGAGUCUUGAUGUUGGUUAGUAAAGAGCUAUCUGAGGGUGAGAGCUUCACUCAACAAGACAUACUUAAUGGUCACAUUAUUUAUAGUCCCCGUAUUCACAGAGCCGUUGAUUUCGAAGAUCACUUUCACUUUAGUGUACUGGUAGACAAUCAAGCCUCCAGGUUAUACACAUUUCCUAUCAAAAUCCAGGCUGAUUCAAAUGCCCCUGUCUUAACUAAUGAGAGGUUGGUGGUGUUGGAGGGCAAUGAGAACAUUUUAAACAAGGAAUAUCUCUGGGUUCAAACCUCCAACUCAACAGACUUUGUGUAUAGAAUUGCCCAAGAUCCCAAACACGGUCGUCUUAUCAGAGAAUCUCCACCGGAUGUGCAAAGGUUUGAGGGUGCAAUUAGGGUGUUUAGUAGUGAAGAUCUGCUCUUGAACAGGCUGGUUUAUAAACACGACGGAUCAGAGACCAGCCAUGACCAGUUCACUUUCUUGGCCUUUGCUGCCACAGAGGACAAUGGUUGGCAGGAUGAGGGUCAUGAGGUACUGAAGGGGGUGUUUCACAUUACGAUACAAACCAAGAAUGACCAUGUGCCUCAAAGGGUAGUUGACAAACCUUUUCACGUAGUUAGAAACGGCCAGCGUUUAUUGACAACUGAUGACAUCCUCUUCAGUGAUGAUGAUUCUGACUUUAAUGACACCCAACUCGUUUAUGUCCGAGCGGGAAUUCUUUCUGGAAACAUAGUCUCAUCGGCAGACCCUACACAGCAACUCUUCCGCUUCACCCAGGCCGACCUGAGAGAUGGGAAAGUUUCGUUCGUUCACCAUGGGGCUGACCGUGAGCGAUUCCAAAUUCAAGUAUCUGAUGGUUUGCAUAAGACAACAGCUGUGCUUCAGGUUCAAGCAGGUGACCCUUAUCUACGUAUAACCAACAAUACCAUGGUGGUCAUUGAUCAUGGUAGCACCAAGACUUUGAACACCAGUUUGCUGAGUGCAGAGUCCAACAUGGACAUAAGAAGUGCAACUGAGAUCAUUUAUGAGGUGACUUCUGCUCCCAGUAAUGGUAGGAUUAUAGUCAGUGGGAUUGAAUCUUCAACGUUCACGCAAGAAGACCUUAAAAAAUGUGUGGUCUCUUAUGAACACAAUGACCAGAGUCUUAGCUCUAAAGAUUUCUUCACGUUCACCGUACUUGCCAAGGAUUUGUCCACAGAGGGAACUUUCAAAAUUAAGAUUUUCAAGAAAGGUUACCUAACAGAGCCAGAUGUUUUGGCAAAUCAGGUGAUCAUCGCGUUCGAAGGAGAACAUUCGGUUAUUGACCAAGACCACCUGAAGGUGGAACAAACAGACAUCCUACCCAAAGAGAUGGUGUACUCCAUCACAAGGUUUUCCCGCCUAGGUCACGUGGUCAAACUUAUCAACGACUCAGCAUCACCCAUCCUGGACUACGUUCAAUCUUUCACACAGGAAGAUAUAAAUAUGGGCAGAAUUUUCUACGUCUCCACCUCUCUUCAAGGCAGGGAUCACUUCACCGUUGAUGUCAGCAAUGGCUUCAACAUGGUGGAAAAUGUGGAGGUGCAGGUGGACAUUGCUCCACGGCUCAUACCCGUCCAAGUGGUCAACCUCACCGUGAGGGAAGGUGGAUCCGUGGCAUUGACCCCGGAGAUUUUGAACAUCACACACCCCUUCUACCGGUCCUUAAACAUUGAGUUUAUUAUUGAGGAGCCACCUCAGCAUGGAAACAUCAGAUAUGUGGACCAAGAAGAUGAGAUUGGAAGCUUCACAUGGAUUGAAGUACAGCAAGGAAAGGUGUACUACUUCCACGACAGCAGCGAGACCACAGAAGACAAUUUGACCCUGACGGCUACGGUUUUUAACAUCACUCGCCGGAGUCCAUCACUGACCAUCGGCAUCACCGUCAUUCCCGUGAACGACGAAGCUCCCAGCAUUCAACUCAACACUGGACUGGAGCUUCUCGCUGGUGAGGAGUCUGAAAUCACAGCUAAUAUGCUUAACAGUAUCGAUGAAGAUACACCUUCAGAGGACCUGGUUUACUCCAUCGAGACGCCCUCCAAUGGGAUCGUAACGCUUAAGGUGUCACCCGAUGACAGUGUGGACAGCUUCACGCAGGCUCAGAUCAAUAACGGAGAAGUUUUAUUCAUUCAUCACGGCUCGGCGUCUGGAGGUUUCAGUUUCACCGUGACUGAUGGAGAGCACACCUCACCUCUUCACCAUUUCGUUGUCACAGCGAGACAGCUCACCAUCUCCAUGGAAACGCAUGGAGAACUCAUGGUCUUCCCAGGUACCAGGCAGGUGAUCGGUAGAGAUAUUUUGCGAGCUAUAACAAGUGAAGAUGGUGAUGAAGUCUCAUACUCUCUGGUGAAGCCUCCUCGUCUGGGACGAAUCAUCAGACCUAACCGGAUUGGACAGUUCGAAGAGAUCACCAAAUUCACACAGACUGAAGUGGAUGCAGGUGCCGUGUAUUAUGAACACCAGAUGCCCUCUGAACCUUUCUGGGUGUUGAGAGAUUCGGUCGAGCUGUCUCUCUCCUCUCCUCCGGCAGCAGAGUUACUGUACAGCCUCCCGGUUACGGUGUCAUACUACGCGGCCAAUCGAAACGUGUCGUCACAGCUCUGGAAGAACAAAGGUGCAUCAGUGGUGCAGGGUCAGUCUAAAGUGAUUGACCUCUCUGUUUUGGACGCCUCUAAUCUACUGGCCAGUUUGCCUGAACAGAAACGGUCGGGACAGGACAUUGUGUACGAGGUGCGUCAGUUCCCCGCUCAUGGACGAAUCAUGCUCAGAGGAUCCGAACUGUCCCGCAACGCUCCUCACUUCCUGCAGGACGACGUGGCAGGUGGUGAUCUGGAGUACUACCAUGAUGACUCUGGUGCAUCUUCUGAUAGUUUCUCUUUCCGCAUCCGCUUGAACCCCAGCGGCCACCCUCCGCAGGUCCAGCCAGGCUCUGUGGUUCUGGAGGAGAUCUUUCGAAUCGCCAUCAGGCGGCGAGACUCGAACCCUCCGGAGGUCAUGAACUUGGACCGGCUCCUGGAGGUCUUGCAGGGUUCCACGACCAUCAUCUCCAAAGACUACCUCAACACCGUGGACCAGGACAACACACCUGACGAGAUCCGAUUCACCAUUUCCAAGAGCCCCGCAAACGGAUAUCUGAUCUACACGGACACAGGAGAGAGGAUCAGCUGGUUCACUCAGGAAGACGUCAACGUGGGCCGGGUUGCAUUUGUUAGCAACGGAAGCCUGUCUGUCGGCUUCAUGGAGUUCACGGUGUCUGAUGGAAAACACCAAACGGACCCAUACACACUGCAUAUUGGCAUUAUGGCCAGGACUCUUGUCCUUAACAAAGUUCCUGAGAUCCAUGUGAUGCAGGGCGAUGAUGAGACGCUGAUCACUCAAGACAUGCUGAGCGCCUCCACUGGAGGGGUCAUAAAUGAAGACGUGAUCUACAAGAUCACCAUCGUCCCAAAAUAUGCAGCGGUGAUGGUAGACAGACAGCCCACCUCAGCGUUCACACAAAAGCAGAUCAAAGAAGGAAGAGUGAGUGUACGUUUCGUCAAGUCCACCUCGCCAAAUGACACCGUGGCCUUCGCAGCCCGGAGCCGAGCGGCGAACGUUUCCUCCGUCCUCAACAUUACAGUAAAACCGCUGGCUAAGGUGGCCCAGAAUCCCCUCCUGCCCAGAGGCACAACCGUACUGGUUGAUAGGAAGCUGUUAGAUGCUACACCUCUAGCCAACAAGACCAGAUCUCCUCCAACGUUCAUCAUGAAACAACAACCACAAGGAGCUCGGUUCGUCAAGAGGGGUGGCCCGGAAGACGGCCACCCAGUAAGUUCCUUCACUCAGAAAGACCUAGAUGACGGAAAGGUUGCACUGGAGAUCCUAAACACAACUCAAGAUGGUCAUGGUCAAGAUGAAGCUCGGUUCCUCCUGAUGGCUCACGGUGUUCCUCCGGCAGAAUGCGUCCUGCCGUUCCACACGACGGCUUAUGAUCCUUCAAGCACGUACGCCGCAACUCUUCUCAAAGUUCCACCACCCGUGCCUGAAGGUCAGCCUGAACCCAGGUGGAGAGGCGACGGUGACGUGCCUUCUGAUGCCACCUCUGCGACUCCUGUGGUGGCCAGAAGGAACACCCUCUGGGCGAUUCUCAUACCCAUCCUCGUCAUUCUUCUUUUAAUGAUCCUCGCUGGUAUUCUGGUCUACUACCUGAUCCGACGCAACAAAACCGGGAAGCACAAUGUCCAGACGGUGGCCGCCAAGCCGAAGAACGGAGAGAUGAGUCAGGAGACGUUCAGGAAAACCGAUCCGGCGAACAACAUCCCUAUGUCUAACAUGGACUCCAAAGGGGCAGAUCCCGAGUUGAUACAGCACUGUCGGACAACAAACCCACCUUUGAAAAAAAACCAAUACUGGGUUUGAGACCCGACGGUGUUUCCUUGAAUCAUUCCAGUCAGUGUUCUACAGAUUUCUUGCCAUAAUGAUGCUAAUGUUGAAUUGAAGUUCAGCACAUAUUUGAUAAUGUAGAGUCGCAACCUGAACUGUAUAUGCUGAUGGUGAUUUCUCCUAAGAAAGAAUUAGACAAAUGAGAACUUUUUAUGGUACUUUUGGACAAGAACAUAUGUUUGAUAUGUUUGAGAAGUCAUUUGUAUGUAUGUUUCAACGUUAAAUGAUCUUAAAAUCUCAGUUUUUCAGUGUCAGGUACAUUUCUGUGUUUUGUGUGCCUUAAAAACAAGUCAAUAUUUAUGUGCAUUUUCAGCAGCCCGUAUUUAUGACACAUUAUGUGUUUUAAAAUUAAUCAUUUUCCUUCAUCAUCCAAAACUUUUUAAUGUUUUAAGGAAUGUUCUGGGUUAAGCUGUGCAUGUGAAGUGUCUGUGAAAUCAAAGUUUAAAUCUCAUAAUCAAAUUAUGAUCUCAUAGUUAAAUUUCAUUCAUUGAUCUUUUGACAUGAUCUAAGUUAAUAUUAAAGGUGCCACAGAAUGUAAAACUGUAUUUAUGUAGGUAUAGAAUAAUAAGAGAUCUGUACAUGGUAAUAACAUAUGGUGAGCCUCAAACACGAUUGUUUCCUCCUUCUGAUUUAAACCUCGUGCAUGCAAAGGAGCGCUGGAAAACAGACCAAUCUCAACAGACGUUACAGUCGAGAUGUACGCCCCAACAUUAAAUUACACAUUAAAUUAAGUACCAUGUUGUUACAAUGCUAAAACAAAGUUGUGACUGUUGAGUUAGAGCUAUAUGCUAGUUAAUGCUAUAUGCUAGGGUUUAGGUUGAAGUUCAACUAUUGACAUUUCAGUUAUGUUUUGCAGAUCUGUACUGAAAUAACACAACUUCAUUGAAACAUACUCUGAAUAUUUGAUUAUUCCUUAAAUGCCGUAUCUUCCUCUGAUACAGGCUCAAACAUAAGGUCUGUUUACACACACACACACAGAGCUACUGAAGGAGCUGCUCUGAGAAACAGCCAAUCAGAGCAGAGCUCAACAUUAUCAUUCAUGACCCUUUCAAAUAAGGUAAUGAUAGACCAUGUAAUUUUUAAAGGCAAAUCCUAGGGUUGUAAAUGAACACGUAAAACUGUUUCUGGGUCAUUUUUGCACCUAAUUAAGCCACAUACCUUCUAUGUAGAUAUCAAAAAACAAUUUAACGCAUUAUUUUAAUGCAUUAUUUGGCACCUUUAAAUAUAUUAAGGUUAUAUUCACAGAAUGUUCUUUUCAUAAUGUUGGAUGAUUUUAAGCAGAAAUUGUUAAUCACAAAACAAUGACUUUUCACAGACUGGGUCACAUAUGUGAAAUGCUUCAGAUAAUACAUGCAUAAUACCAAAAAGAUUGUUUUCAUGAAGCAAAUCUGCCCCCAGGAAUCAGUGUGUUCGACACACAAUCUUAAAUUCUUUAGAAAAGAUAGAUUUAGAAAUUUUUUUAAGAUUUACAAAAGAAAUAAGAAAUAAUCAUACAAGAAUACCAACUGCUGCAUUUUGCACCAUACCAAAAAAGCAUUUUUUUUUUUUAAGAUUAAAUGCCUUUCUUACACUGUAAAAAAAUGAAAGCUGAUCUGUUUUAAAAAAAAAACUUACUUCAAUUGGCAACACUUAAAAUAUUUAAACAUUUUCAACACAAUUUUUACAAAAAGUGAGUAAAUUUCUAAUUUUUAAGGCGUUACCAAUUGAUGUCAUUUUUAACGUUGAACCGACUUUUACUUUUUACAGUGUAGUAAGUGCAUAACUUCAUAACAUUAUUUUUGUUUGUUUUUACAAAGUAAGUAACUAGUUCCAGAGGUAUAAAGUAUAGUAUUUUUAUUCGCUACACAAGUAUCUGUACUUUACCAGUGUUUCUUCUUUGACAAACGUUUACUUAAAACAACACCAAAAAGUUUUUUUACCUUAAAAUAAAAAAAAAGUUUAAGUCGUUCAUCCACUCGAAACAGGGUGAACGGCACUUUCACAUUCGCUUUGCAGCCCUCUAUCGGCCAAAACCGCACUAAAGAAGUUUCCAACCGUCAGGUCGUGGUCUUGUAGUUCGAGUGAAAACUACAAAAACUUGCUUUACGGCAGACCUACAAUCCAAUCAGAGCCAGCUAUGCUGCAGUAUUUACGACAGUGAUAAUGGACAAAUGCAGUUUCCAACCUGUAGGGGGAGCAAAAAGCAAAAACUCUUUAGUGCUGCUUUAACUACAUUCCGAUGCAUAAUAUUUACUUUUCACUCCUCCGCAUUUCAUAAAUAUAAGUUAUUGUUUUUUUUUUACCUUAAAUACUUACAUUUAAAAUGUAGUACAUUAACUGAAGUUGUACUUGCGUAUAAAUAAUAAAGAAAUUUUGUACUAGAUUUUUUAUGUAAUUAAUUAUUAAAUGAAAUGUAAUAUAAAAAUGUAGAGCAGUACAGUAAAUGAAAAAACUCUGAUAAAGAACAGAUACUUGAUUAAAGAAGAUAAAAAAAACUUGAGUACUUAUAUCAAAUAAUUUUGUGUCACUCCACACCAUGCCACAGAUGUUGUUGUUUAUAGAUGUGUAUAUUAAGCUUAACUUUCAUUAAAGGGAUAGUUCACCUAAAAAUGAAAAUUCAGUCAUCAUUUACUCACCCUCAUGUUGUUAGA